UGGUGCGUGUCCAAAACCAAAACCAUCUUGAAGUCUCUCUUUGACCGUCGUACGCUCUCUCGUCAUCCCCCGUUGGCCCUUUUAGCCGCUGUUGCAGACUCCGCUUUGUGCUGCGAGCGAGACCAGAACACGUAGAGAACGCGAAGAAGCACCCCUACAUAGACCCGAGACUCACAGAUAGAUAGAUAGAGAGGCGUCGAAGCUGAAACUUGAAAACUCUCAUCUCCUUUCAUUCCCUGCGAAAAAACAUAUGCAAUUUUUAUCGCUCUUUAGCAGCAGAAACACAGACACUUUUCUUUUUCUCGCCUGAUUUCGAUAUCCUCAUUCGAUAUAUUAAACUCGCCCCCUUCUCUCUCUAUAUCUUACUACAAACCUCCCUUCCCUUUACUGGCAUCCGACGGCUGCGAUCUUCUUGUUUCUCCAAUCGUGCGGCCAUGGGUCUUCAUUUCUGCCGCUUCCCACAUUCUCUUUACGAGUGUUUAUUAAGGAGCAUAGAUUACUGAUGCCAUUUGUCACAGCAUCACAAGAUCAGUAAAUGAUCUUACUUUUGCAGAUUUAAAACUAGUGAGAAAGUAGCUUCUCUUCAACACUAAAUUAUGGAGACCAGGGGUCAUCAAAGAGUAAAGAGAAAUGACUAUCUUGUUAAAGAAAAUGGUGGCUCUCAUCUGUCAGAUUUUGAAGAUGAAUUUGAUCCAUGGACUGCCUGGGCAUACAAGCCUCGCACAAUUACAUUGUUACUUAUUGGUGCCUGUUUUCUUAUUUGGGCAAGUGGAGCACUUAAUCCAGAAAGAGAUGCAUCUGGUGAUCUUGUAACUUCUGUUAAACGGGGUGUAUGGGCAAUGAUUUCAGUUUUUCUUGCUUAUUGCCUGCUGCAAGCUCCCUCCACGGUUCUGAUCAGACCACAUCCUGCAAUUUGGCGCUUGGUCCAUGGCAUGGCUGUUGUUUACCUUGUUGCACUUACAUUUUUGCUUUUCCAGAAACGUGAUGAUGCUAGACAGUUUAUGAAGUUUCUUCAUCCUGAUCUUGGUGUUGAGCUUCCAGAAAGAUCAUAUGGUGCUGAUUGUCGCAUCUACAUACCUGAAAACCCCACAAGCAGGUUUAAGAAUGUUUAUGAGACACUUUUUGAUGAGUUUGUUCUAGCUCAUAUUAUUGGAUGGUGGGGAAAGGCUAUAUUGAUACGGAAUCAACCCCUUUUGUGGGCGUUGUCAAUUGGAUUUGAGUUGAUGGAGUUUACCUUCCGCCAUAUGUUACCGAACUUCAAUGAGUGCUGGUGGGACAGCAUUAUUCUUGACAUCUUGAUCUGCAAUUGGUUCGGUAUAUGGGCAGGAAUGCAUACUGUUAGAUACUUUGAUGGGAAAACAUACAAGUGGGUCGGACUAAGCCGCCAACCUAAUAUAAUGGGAAAAGUGAAGCGAACAUUAGGACAAUUCACACCGGCACGGUGGGACAAGGAUGAGUGGCAUCCAUUGCUUGGUCCAUGGCGUUUUGUUCAAGUGCUUAGUCUUUGUAUUGUCUUUUUGACAGUGGAACUCAACACAUUCUUUCUCAAGUUUUGCCUCUGGAUACCUCCGCGGAACCCUGUUAUAAUUUAUAGGUUGAUUUUAUGGUGGUUAAUAGCAAUUCCAACAAUUCGUGAGUACAACACCUACCUUCAAGAUAGGAAGCCAGUGAAGAAGGUUGGAGCAUUUUGUUGGCUAUCUCUUGCUAUUUGCAUUGUAGAACUUCUGAUUUGCAUCAAGUUUGGACAUGGUUUGUAUCAUAAUUCAAUGAAUUUAUGGUUGGCAAUCUUCUGGUCAUCAGUUGGAGUGGCUCUUGUUACAUUCUUGCUUGUUUGGUCAUGGCAACUGCAUCGGAAUCUAGCAAAGAAGCGGCGAUAACUUUACUGUCAAACAAAGUGUAGUGCAUUAAUUCUUUGAUUCCUUCCUGAUUUUGAUGGUCAUUCAUAUUCAUCUGUGUUUGAUUUCGAUGUAAAUGCUAUAUCUACAUUGUAAUUGUAAAUGAUAAUUUUCCUAGGAUAGUGCCUCACAGGUUCUGAGCUACAGAUAUUGGAAUUUCGGCUGGUAGAAAAAAGUACUUCUGAUUUGAGAGGCAUCGAAAUCUUUGAAUAAGUGAAUUUGGUCAAUUUGUUACCUGCAAUGUCAAUUCAUUGAUUUCUCUGCUUAUUGAUGACAGAAGAACAUUGGACUUGUUUUCUACUUGUGCUGUAUUGGAUUGAUGUAGUUUAGAAGUUCAUGUAA